AUGUUGCUCUCGUUGGCACCCGUCGAAUGCGAUCAUGCAGAGCUGACGGAGCAGCUUCCGACCGUGAUGGUGGCUGUGCUAGUGCGAAAUAAAGAACACACGCUGCCAUACUUCCUGUCGUACUUAGAAGAUUUGAACUACCCCAAGGAUCGUGUUUCACUGUGGAUACGAUCUGAUCACAACGACGAUCGCAGCAUCGACGUUACCAAGGCAUGGCUCAAAAGAACCACGUCGCAGUACCACAGUGUAGAUUUCAAGUACCGUAGCGAGCCAGGCAAACGGGAAAGUGAGAAGACGAGCACACAUUGGAAUGAACAACGGUUCGCUGAUGUGAUCCGCCUGAAGCAGGAAGCUCUCCAGGCUGCCAGGAAUAUGUGGGCUGACUUUAUAUUGUUUCUUGAUGCUGACGCAUUUUUGACGAACACAAACACCCUUCGGAAGCUGAUCGAUUUGAAGCUUCCGAUCGUGGCACCUAUGCUUGUGUCGGAUGGCUUGUAUUCCAACUUUUGGUGUGGCAUGACGGCAGAUUACUACUAUCAGCGGACAGACGAUUACAAAAAAAUUCUCGAAUACGAGCAGAUCGGUCAGUGGCCAGUUCCGAUGGUGCACAGUGCUGUGCUGAUUAAUUUAAACAUUGCCAACACGCGUCAUCUUACGUUCGAAAGUAAGAAUUUGCCCGCUGGACGGUACGACGGGCCGGUGGAUGAUAUUAUCAUUUUCGCCAUGUCAGCGAACUACUCCGGCAUUCCAAUGUACAUCUGUAAUGCCCUUCUAUACGGGUACAUUAUGGUUCCGCUGGAAGCGGGAGAAACCGUACCGGGAAAAGAUCUCGAACAGCUGACCAACGUGCUUAGUUACGUCGUUAAUGAGUAUGGAGACUUGAACUUGAAACCAGAUGUGCUCAAAUUCAUUCCAAAUGUUCCAAAAGAUAAGCUGUCAUUAUCGCACAUCUAUAUGAUUAACCUGGAAAGGCGUUCGGAAAGAAGGGUCAAAAUGUUGAAACAUUUCGAUCUGCUCGGUCUGGACGUGGAGCAUUUUCCGGCCGUUGAUGGGAAGCAACUGAGUGAUAAGAAAGUGCAUGAUAUGGGUAUUCGUUUUUUGCCCGGCUAUGCUGAUCCAUUUCACAAACGUCCUAUGACGAUGGGAGAAAUUGGUUGCUUUCUGAGCCACUACUACAUCUGGGAGCGUAUGGUUAGUUUGAAUCUGGAGGAGGUACUGGUGUUGGAGGAUGACAUCCGCUUCGAACCGUUCUUCCGUCGUCGGGUUUAUGGGGUACUUGCCGACGCUCGUCGAAUAGGCGGAUGGGAUUUGAUUUAUUUCGGUCGUAAACGUCUGCAAGAAGAGGAUGAAAAGUGGAUAGAAGGAUCAGAGUAUCUGGUAAAGGCAGGUUACUCCUAUUGGACCCUCGGAUACGUCAUAACUUUGGAGGGAGCGAAAAAACUACUGCAAGAGGAACCACUUGGCAAGUUACUACCAGUGGAUGAGUACCUGCCGAUAAUGUUCGACAAUCAUCCCAACGAUAGCUGGACGGGUUAUUUUAAAAACCGAACGCUACGCACGUGGAGUGCCGCUCCGUUGCUGCUAUAUCCCACGCACUACACCGGAGACGAUGGGUACAUCUCGGAUACGGAAGAUUCUGCGCGGAUCGAUGGAACGUUGCCCACGAUUGGUAUCAGCAAAAGCAGCCAAAGUAUAGUUAACAACGAUACGCGCGAUGCUGCACAAACGAGCGAACCCAAGAAAGGCGAUAAGGAGCAGCUGCCUAAUGCACCGGCUUUACUGGCAGACUCCGGAAUCGGACAAGGCGAGCAUGAUUUGGAAUCGAAAAACAGGCGCAGUGAGCUAUAGCACACGAGCAAAGCCUUUUGCAAAAAGCAUGAGCCAUGAUAAAGCAUUACACCAAAAUAUUAGAACCAUUUGAACAAACGUAGGUAAUGAAUUGCGAUAAUAUUAACGUGCCUUAUAACGAUUUUUAGGAACUUUAGAUAUAGUAAUCUCACCAAACUUGCCAUAGAUUGUAGCGUUGAUACAGUUUCCUAAAAAUGGAAUUGUUCUUAAUA